AUGAGCGAUAUUCAAGCAUAAUAAGUAGAAUUAACUUAAGAAUAAAAUGGCAAAAAAUUCUCAUAUAGUAAUACAUACCUGAAGGAAUUCGGUGUUUUAGGAUAUUUAGCCCUUUAGGCUGUUCUUUAUCCUAUUGAGAGAAUUAAAGUCCUCUAAUAGGUAGAUAUUAUUCCUGAAGUAACCGAUGAAGCUGGCAAAUACGAUCUUCGUUAAAACUUCUAAAAUUAUUAUAAUCGUCAUGCUGAAUCUGAAACUUUCGAGGCUUUUUAUCGUGGUUUAGGUGCUAAAAUUUGCAAAUUAAUCACAAAAGAACUUUCUAUUUAUUUUUUAGCUGAUAGAAUUAGAGACAGAAUUUAAGUAUUUGAUCCCAAAGAAGAUCCUUUUAAGCAUUUUGUAUACAACUUCAUUUCUGGUGUUACCAGUGGAACUUUGACUGAAUUAAUUGCAUAUCCCAUGGAAGUAGCUAAAACUAGAAUUUUAUGUGAUGGUGCUCCAUUCGAAGAUCGUAUCUAUACAAAUGCUUACGAAGCAUUGUUUAAGGACAGCUCAGCCAGAAUUUACCGUGGUGCCUUGUUCUCUUUGACAGGUGCAGCUUUAUAUAGAGGUACUCAAAUUGGUUUGUAUGAAACCCUUAACCAAUUAGGUAUGAAAGAUAUGUCUGCUUGGGUCCAUCUACCAGCUUCUAUUUUGAUUACAAUUUAUGCCCAAAAAAUAACAUAUCCUUUUGAUACUAUUCGUAGAUAAGUAAUGCUAAGAGAUACUCCUUUCGAAGUUACCUCUGCUGAAACAGAUACUAUCAUUAAAAGACUUACUCAUCCUGCUCGUAGAUCAGACUUAAUGAGAGGCUGGAACAUGUAACUUUAUAAAUCCGUCUCAGCUGGUAUAUUCUUAUUUGGUUAUAAAGCUUUGUCAGGAACAUUCUAAGCAGCCCCAGAUCUUAUAACUAAAUUCUCUCACUGA